AUGUGUUGAUGGAAUCAUGAAAUUAUAAAUUAUAUAUAAAAAAAAAGGAUUAUUUAAACUACAUUUUAUUUAGAAUUUUAAUGAUAUUUAUGCUUAAUGGAUUGAUAUGUACGGAUAAAUAUUAUGUAAUCGUAGGGUAACCAUGAACUUUUCGCGAAUUUAUUUUGUACUUUCGAGGAAUUUUGACAUGGAUCAAGAAAUAUCGCGUCAACAACAUUAACAACAAAUUAAUUAAAUCAAUACAAUUAUAUUACAGAUAAAGAAAUGGCAUACUCCAGUUUGAAAGUCGCUGAACUUAAAGAAGAAUUGACAAAGAGAAACUUACCAACAGAUGGUACAAAGCCUCAAUUGAUUGCUAAACUUGAAGAAGACGAUUCCAAGAAAUCUUCAGAAGGUGCAGCUACUGAAGAGCCAAUUGCUGGAGAAGAAGAACCAAAACAAGAGGAACUAUUAGAAGAAGAAGGAGGAGAUGCUGAACAAAAGCAAGAAGAAACAGAAACCCCAGCUACAGAAUCUAAAAAGGAAGAUGAAUUAACACCUGAAGAACGUAAGGCCACUGCAAUUGAAUUUUUAAAUAAGAAAAUCCAAAGAGCCAAGAAAUUCGGUACUGAAGAAGAUGUUGAAGAGAUUAAAAAAUCUUUACAACGUGUUGAGAAAUUUGGAGUUGAAUUGGGGACUUCAUUAGCUAGAGAAAUCGGAUUAACUAGUAAAGAAAACUUGGAUGGUAGAAGAAGACACCAUAACAACCAUAGGGGAAACAGAAAGUUCAGAGGCCGUGGCCGUAGAUAGAACUAUCGGUGUAUAAUAUUGGAAUUCUUGAUGAAAAAAAAAGUGUAUAAUAAAUAAAUGAAUAAAAUGUCGC